AUGAAGUUCACCGUUGCCACAACUCUGGCCACGGCCGGCACCCUGGCCGCCGCUCAUGGCCAUGGCCACGGUCAUGCUCACCUUCACCAGCGCGCUGCCGGAACCCAGACCGAGACCGCCGUCUCGGCCGGUGCCACUGUCUAUGACUUCGUGGUCAUGGAUCCCAGCAAUGGCUCCCCCAAGGUGAUCAGCGGCAAGGAAGCUUGCGCUGGCCUCGCCAAGCACGAGUUCGAAUGGUUCGACGGUGCCAUCCCCGAGGCUUGCGCUUCCGCCGCAUCCAGCUCCAGCGAUGUCCUCUCGUCCGCGACUCUCGCAGCCCACGUGCUCAUGGAGACCGCCGCCGUGGUCAUCCCCACCACCAGCUCCGCGGCCCCUACCUCGACCUCUACCACCAGCUCAAGCAGCUCCACUUCGACCUCCUCCACCAGCACGACUAGUUCGACCAGCACCACCAGCUCGGCCGCCCCCACCCACACUUCAUCUGCCAGCACUGCCACGGGCCUCAACGCUGAGUUCCCCGAUGGUGAAAUCGACUGCAGUGAUUUCCCCUCCAGCUAUGGUGCCGUCCCACUGAACUACCUUGGCUUGGGAGGCUACUCUGGCAUCCAGUACGUGACCAUUGCGGGUUCUUUCGUCACUGAAAUUGUCACCGCCGUCGCUGGAAACGGCUGCACCAGCGGUGCCAUGUGCUCAUACGCCUGCCCUCCCGGCUACCAGAAGUCCCAGUGGCCCACUACCCAGGGCUCCACCGGUCAGUCCGUCGGUGGCCUGCACUGCAAGAACGGCAAGCUGUACCGGACCAACUCCGAUUACAAGACUCUUUGCAUCCAGGGCACUGGUGGCGUUCACGUUCGCAACGAGCUGAGCAGCACCGUCGCCGUUUGCCGUACCGACUACCCCGGUACUGAGUCCGAGACCAUUCCCCUCGCCGCUCAGCCCGGCCAGGUCGCUCCUCUGACUUGCCCCGAUGCCAACACCUACUACCGCUACUUGGGCAAGGGCACCUCUGCUCAAUACUACGUCAACAACAACGGUGUCUCCAUCGAGGAGGGUUGCCAGUGGGGUGACGGCUCCAAGCCCGUCGGCAACUGGGCUCCCAUGAACUUGGGUGUCGGCCGCACUGAUUCGGGCACCUGGUUGUCCAUGUUCAAGAACGAGCCCACCACCGAUGCCGAUCUGAACUUCAAGAUCAAGCUUGUUGGUGAUGACCUCAGCGACAACUGUCGCUACGACGGUGCCGGCAACUUCUACAACAACGCCGGUUUGAUUCAAGGAAACAAUGGAUGCACUGCCCGAUCGGCGUCUGGCAAUGCCUACUUUGUCUUCUACAACUAA